AUGAGCUCCUCAUCAGCACAAGCCAACCCCGAAGGUGCUGCUUCCACAAGCGGCAUUCGGCAGAGGCAAACCACGACGAAUAACACUAACCAUGUCGAUGUCGAUGUCGACAAUGAUACCCUUGAGAGUGUAGACUCUACCUCCGACGAUGAGGAUGAGUUGCGGAAGCCCACCAAGACCUAUGGCAGGACACCCGACGGGACAGUGUUUACUGUCCCUACCACCCACGACAUGGUCUCGCAGCUCCUCGAUCCUCGCCAGCCGAAGAACCUUGCCGACGCCAUUGUCAUAGCCAUCCUCGCCCUCCACAUUGCCCUGGCCUACGCACUUCCCUCGAGUUUCAAGCGUCCCGUCUUCGCCCUCGUCUUUUUAUUCUGGAGAGCCUCGUAUAACAUUGGUAUCGGUUACUUGCUAAGUGUCCAAUCGAAACACAGGCGGCUUGUGACUUGGGCCAAGAGGUGGAGACUUUUCGAGCACCCUUCGACGGGUAACCAGCCUCGACCCUGGUUCUACAGCCUCCUCAAGAGCGAGUUUGAGACCAAGAUUCCCGAGGAUUACGAAUUCGACAGGGCCCCCAUUGAGUAUAACACAUGGCUUCUGUUCCGCCGCGUCGUCGAUCUGAUUCUCAUGUGCGACUUCGUCUCCUACUGCCUUUUCGCUAUUGUUUGCUCCAACACCCCCGCCGGCGAGUCGCUGGCCAUCUACUUGACGAGGUGGGCUCUCGGCAUCGGUCUUGUCGGAUUCAACCUCUGGGUCAAGUUGGACGCUCACCGUGUCGUGAAAGACUAUGCCUGGUACUGGGGCGAUUUCUUCUACCUCAUCGACCAGGAGCUCACCUUUGACGGUGUAUUCGAGAUGGCGCCUCAUCCCAUGUACUCGAUCGGCUAUGCGGGCUACUACGGCAUCUCUAUGAUGGCAGCCAGCUACGACGUUCUCUUCAUCUCCAUCCUCGCCCACGCUGCCCAGUUCGUUUUCUUAGUCUUCGUUGAGAACCCCCACAUCGAAAAGACGUACAAUCCUCCGGCGCCUCGCAAGAGGACCCUCUCUACCAAGUCCGAGUCUACGACUUCGAACGGUGUUGAUGACGCUCUGAACGGUUCGGCAGUUGCUGCCCCAGCGGACGAGACUGAAUCGCUAUCCCAGGUCCACAACCUCGUCGGCCUGAAGAAUCUCGAUCUCUUCAGAGCCACCGAUUAUACAGUAAUUCUUCUCUGCGGAUACGUUGGUAUUCUUGCUCUAGUAACGCCUUCCACUCCUCUGUACCAAUUCCUCUUCGUCAUCCACGCUGCUUUCUGGCGUCUAUGGUUUACUGUUGGCCUCGGCGUUAUACUCGACCAGCAGUCCAGGAACAAGAUUUGGACCCGGCACUUUGUCAAGUAUGGCGAGUCCCCCGCCGAAGCGUGGAACCAGUGGAAGGCACUGUACCACAUCAGUACUACUAUGUGCUACGCCUCCCUCAUCGCCGCCUGCUGGAAGAUGUACGUGCCUCCGGAGGACUGGAGCUACGGUUGGAUGCCUCUGAAGCACGUGGUCGGAGCCGGUCUCGUCGCCCUGCACAUCUGGACGGCCACGAGCAUCCACGAAUCCCUCGGCGAGUUUGGUUGGUUCUUCGGCGACUUCUUCUUCGACAGCCGCGGCAGGCUCACCUACACGUCCAUCUACCGCUUCCUCAACAACCCCGAGCGUAUUCUGGGUUCUGCCGGUAUCUGGGGAGCGGCGCUCAUCACCUGGAGCCGAGCCAUCUUCCUCAUGGCCCUCAUGAGCCAGAUCCUAACCUGGGGCUUCCUCUCGUACGUGGAGAAGCCGCACAUGCAAAAGAUUUACGGCAGGAACGUUCGCCACGAAGCCGGUCUCACCAAGUUCAUCAAGAAGUCUCUGCCGCCACCCGUCAAGACCUGGCAGGAGAGCAUGGACAAGGUCUGGGACGAGACGGCAACGUUUGUCGCCGACUUCCUCGAUACUGCGCGACCCAAGCUUGCGGGCGGCGUCAAGACGAUCGUCCGAGACACCAAAACGUUGUUCAACUCUCCCGCUCGACUUACCAUCACGCGCUUGGCGCCCGACUUGGCCGGCUACGAUCCCAAGUACUACUCACUUAGCAUCGAGGGCACGCCCACUGCGGCUUCGGUUCACGACGAGCGCGCCACGGGCAAGGAGAGCCUCACGGCCAGGUUCAGGCAGGGCACGAAGACACUUAGCUUCGAGUACGGCGCCCCGCUGAAGGUCAAGUGGACUGCCCCAGCCAACCACGGCAAGAAGGACUGGAUCGGCCUGUACAUGGUAGCGGACAACCACUCACGCGAAGUCACCGACACCGGAUCUCUCGGCCGCUGGGUCCCCACGAAUAAGGGUAUGUACGACGAGGCGACGACGGACAAGGCCAUCACGAUGACGGAGCGCAGGGUCGAGAACCCCGCCGACCCCACGGGCCCCGAGCUCGUCGAGGGCGAGGUCACCUUCUCCGGAGACAGGCUCUGGUGGACGCAGGGCGUGUUCGAGUUCCGGUACCACCACAACGGCCGCCACAACGUCAUGUCCAUCUCGCAGCCCUUCGAGGUGCGCAUCUCCAAGUUCACCGAUGACGAGGAGCCGGCCCCGGCCCCUGCCGAUGGUGACUCGUCGAACGUGUACGAGCGCGCCGUCGAGUCGGCACUCCUGCCUAUCGUGCGUAACUGCCUCGAUCGCGACCCGGACAUCGCGCCCUCGACGGUCGACGAGCCGUUCGGUAGUCACGUCGAGAGGAAUAGCAAGUACGCUAAGAGGGUUGUUUAUGCGAUUCAUCAGAUGUUUGGCGUGGAGUUUGCGGCGGCGGUUGUUCCGGCUGAUGGGAAUGUGAAGAAGUUGGCGUGGAGGAUUUGCAAUGCGAAGAAGGUUUUGGCUCCAUACAGCAUGUCUGCUUCAAGGGGAACAACCACGCCGAUAUAA